AUGGUUGCUACUAAUAAUUUAGCGUUCAUUGGUUUGGUGGAGUCGAAAAAGGAAAUUGUUGAUUAUUUUGUUGUUAAAAAGAUUUGGCCUAACUUGGAUUUUUCUUUUGAUUGGGUUCCAUCUAUUGGAGCUUCGGGUGGUUUACUUCUUAUUUGGAAUACUAUUUUAUUGAAUAAUAUUUCAGUAUCAAAAGGUGCGAGAUGGAUUUGCUUGGAUUUUGUUCAUAAUAAUGCCUACAAUCGUCAUAUCCUUAUUUAUGCUAGCAACUUGGCUUCAGAAAGAUUAUUAUUGUGGCAUGAGUUGAGUUUACUUGCAGCUGGUGAAGAUUUUAAUGAAACCAUGACUCCAGAGGAGAGAUGGAAUGGUUCGGAUUAUACGGCUUCUAUGUUGGCACUUAGAGAUUUUGUUAAUAAUUCGGAGUUACUGAACUUACCCUUACAUGGAAGGCUUUUCACUUGGCAGAACUCAGUUUCUAAAUCAAGAAUUGACAGAUGUUUGGUUUCGGCAAUCGCAGGUACUCUCUGGCCAGACAUGUCUUUAAUUGCACUUCUUAAUGGUCAAUCAGACCAUAUUUCUAUUUGUUUUCGCUCUGCAAAUGGUUUUGAUUGGGGUCCAAAGCCUUUCCGCUCGGUGGAUGCUUGGUGGGAUCAUAGUGAGUUUGCUGACUUUGUGAAGAACAGCUGGGAUGUAGCUUGUGGCAACUCAACAAAUCUUAUUCAGAGACUCAAGGACAUUCGGCAAACAAUAAAAUGCUGGAACUCUGAGGUCUUUGGGGAUCAGAAAAAGAUUAUUCAGGAUCUCUCUCAGAAGAUUCAGGAGAAGGAUUUAGCAACAGAGUCGCGAAUAUUGUCAGAGGCUGAAAAGAGAAUUGAAUCUCUUUGGAUUCAGAAAUUCAGAGUAAAGUGGAACUUGGAGGGAGACAAGAACACUAAAUUUUUCCACAGCAUAGCUUCUAGCCACUAUAGAAACAACUACAUUUCUUCAGUGGUAGUGGAUGGUACAAUUUUUUCAGAGCCUAAGGAUAUCCGCCUACACAUCAGAGAAUUUUAUAGUAAGCUUUACAGCCUACAGGCAGAUGCGUUGGUUAAGUCGUUUCAGGAGGCUGAAAUUUUCAAUGCUCUCUGUUCUUGUGCAGUUAAGAAAGAGCCAGGACCAGAUGGUUUUAAUUUUUAUUUCUACAGGAAAGCUUGGCCUGUGAUGAAGAAUGCUAUUAUGGAAUUGUUUUUGAAUUUUCACAGAUUUAAUAUCUUGCCCGGAGGUAUUAACUCUUCUUUUAUGGUGUUGACUCCUAAGGUGGCAGGUUCAACUAAUAUAAAGGAUUACUGUCCUAUUAGCUUAUUCAAUGGCAUCUACAAGCUACUUUCUAAGGUGCUUUCUCAAAGGCUAGCGCCUAUGCUUUCAUCGGUGAUCUCAGAUAAUCAGCAUGCUUUCCUUAAGGGUCGAAGCAUUUUAGAGUGUUCUAUGAUAGCAAAUGAGCUAAUUCAUAUUGCUACUAGGAGGAAGGAGAAACUACUUGUUCUAAAGCUUGACUUUCAUAAGGCAUUUGACAAUAUAAACUGGGAGUAUCUGUUCUCGAUAAUGCGUUGUAUGAAUUUUUCAGCUAAGUGGAUUGAGUGGAUAUCAUGUGGUUUAUCUACAACAACUACGGCGGUGCUAGUUAACGGUAGUCCUGUUGAUCCUAUUCCACUUAAGAGAGGUAGGAGCUUGGGUUCACUAAGGGGUUUUCUUUCGGAGGAUCAUGAUCCGUCCUCUUUGCUGCAGUUUGCAGAUGACACCAUUCUUUAUCUUCCUUAUGAUAUUGAACAGCUUAGGAACUUGACUCGGUUUAUUCACUGUUUUGAGUUGAUCUCUAGGUUGACAAUUAAUUACCAUAAAAGUUUUAUUAUGGGAAUUAAUGUACCGGAGGCUGGUUUGUUAAUUGCGGCACAAGUAGUUGGGUGCAAAAUUGAUUUCUUUCCUGUCAAAUACCUGGGUUUGCCUUUGUCGAAUAGAAAGCUCUAUGCUCGUUCUUGGAACUCUGUGGUUGAACGCUUCAAAUCCCGCAUGGCUCUGUGGAAGGGCUCUCUGCUUUCUCCUGCAGGACGGUUAGUUCUCAUUAAAUCGGUCCUCUUUAGCAUUCCGGUUUAUUUCAUGUCUUUGUUUAGAAUGCCUGGCUCAGUUCAGAAUCAGCUUGAGUCGUAUAUGAUACGUUUUUUGUGGAAGGGUGAUAUUUCCUCUCGAGUGUUGAGUAAAGUUUCUUGGAAAGUGAUUUGUAAUGACUUUCAGAGUGGCGGUUUGGGUUUCCAUAAUUUAAAAAUUAGAAAUCAAAGUCUUCUUUUUAAAUGGGUUUGGAAAGUAAGAAUUAACAAUAGAGCCUCUCUUUGGUUUAAUAUUGCUUCAACUUGUUCCAAUGUUGUGGAUUGGAAUUCUUUGCUGAAUGGUGAUGUAAAGAGAAUGUCCUUUAUAUGGAAAGGCAUUAAGAAAGCUUGUUGUGAUGAUAAACGUGCUUGGGGUGUUUUAAUUAGUAAUUUGAAUUAUAAUGUUGGUGAAGGCACUUCAAUUUCUCUUUGGAAUGAUAAUUGGAGCGGUAUUAGUACGGCAAGUAUUUUAUUUCCUCGGUUCUAUAAACUGUCGAAUCAAAAGCAAAGUACUAUUAGUGUUAUUUGGCGGGAGGGAUGGUGUUGGAGGAGGCGUUUGAGAAAUGAUAAAUUAUUAUUGUAUAAUAAUUUAUUAUCUCUUUUUAACAUGAUUUCCUGUCGUGUGGGUCAAGUUGACAUAGUUUCGUGGAAUGGUAAAUCGGGACUGUAUACGCCAUCUUCUUUUUAUAGGGCCUUAACUGCUUUUAUUAAUUUAGAGGGAGGUGUUCAAGCUGCUGGGUAUUCUUUUGAAGCUGCCACUGUCAACCGGAAUUCUACUGUCAAUGUUCUAUCUAUUUCUGGCCGACAUUUUUUGGCAACUGGUGUUGUUUCUGCUGUUCCUGCUGCCUCUGACCGGAACUCAUCUACUGUUUCUGCUGUUCAACUACGUCAUGCUGCUGUUUCUGUCCGGAAUUCUCCUGCUGUUGUUUCUGGCCAGAACUCUCCUGCUGCUUUUGAUCUUAAAAUUCAACCUGCUGCUGCUCUAAUGGAAGCUGUUGCUGCUGUUCCUGGCCGAGCUGAUGUCCCUGUUGCUGCUUUCAUGGAGGACGUUGCUUUUGUUCCUGACCCUGCUGAUGUUAUUGAGUCCAGCAAUCAUUCUUCAAGUGUUGCAGCUGGUCCUUCGAAUUUUAUUACAGAAGAAAGACGUGUUGAGGCAGCCGCUAGUGAGGUAACUGUGAAUAUGUUUUUAGAAGUGUGGAAAUCCAAAGCGCCGCCACGAGUCAAGUUUUUUAUUUGGUUAGCUCUGCAUAAUAGAGUCCCUUCUUUGGAGUUUUUGUCUCGUCGCUCAAUCAUAACGAUUGAUAACUCCUUAUGCAUUCUAUGCGGGUUAGUGGAAACUCAAGACCACAUCUUUAUUCAUUGUUCUUUUGCGAGAGGCAUUUGGUGCGAUAUAUUACAGAAAUUUGACGUGGUAUGGACUUUCCCCUCUACUUUUGUUUUAUUUUAUGGUACAAUGGCAGUUUAUUAUUCCUAG